AUGGCACCGAAGAGGUCGAAGUCAGUGGAGCCGGCAAAGCAGCCGCCGAAGAGGUCGAAGUCGCAAGAGCCGCCGAAGAGGUCAAAAUCGCAGGAGCCAUCUCGGCGUCAGCCCAGCCCUGCGCCACAACGCUCAAAGCUCGAAUCGAAAGGAGCCAAGCCGGGGCCGGCCAAGCCCGUUCCAAAGGCGAAAGCUGCGCCAAAGGCCACCGCGAGGCCUGCAGCAAACCCCAAGGGCAAGCUGGAAGAGAUCUUGGAAAAGGCGCGAUCCGAUACCCACAAGCGGUCUGCCGACGUCGAGGUGCGUCUCCGUGAAGCGUUGGUCCGAAAAGAGGCGCAGCUGGAGCUGGCCAUGCAGAAGGCGGGAGACAUGGAACAGAAGGCCGUUCUCGAGCAGAGAAGAGCAGAGGAGGCCGUCAGAAGGGCAGCCUUUGCUGAGGGACAAGCGGAGGAACUCCGGCAGCGUGCUUCGCGAGUCGAGGAGCUGCAGCUGGAAAUGGCACACAAGGAGGCGCGAGCAGCAGAUGCAGAAGCCAGGGCAGAGGUCUUGGGUCAGAUGCAAGAGAAGUUUCAGCGCACUUUGCCCGACAUGGUCAAAUCCAUUGCGGAGGGCAUGGUACUCUGCCGCGGUCGGCGUGAUUCAUCUCUGUGCGACUCUGCUGGUAUAUCCGGCUUCCGCGGAGUGGCGGCAAAGCUGGAAUUGGAGGACUCUCCAGGCUCUCUGAAAUCAAACCCCGCCGCAAUCCCUCUGCUCGAUGCGGAGGAGGGCAAGGACAGUGAUGGUAAGUUGAAGACGACGGUUCUGGCUCCGGAUGAUGCUGCAUCCGAGCUGCUGAAGUUCUAUGGACAGAACGACGGCGCGCGCCCUGCGGACAGCACUCAGGAGCGCCGGCUCCCAAAGGCUGCCGCGCGGCUGACCAAUGCAUUCAAGCUCGUUGGGAGCUUGGAGCUGGAGAGGGUGAGCGGGCUGUUGCCGGGGCAGGUGCCACGAAGAAGUGAUCCGAUCCGCUUCCGAGCGAGGGAGGGCUGCGCGGCAGAUCCAGUCUGCCCGGAGUCACGACGGGAAGUGGUCGUGAUUAGCACCGACAUGGUUGGACAACGUACAUUUGCCCAAACCCCGGCUUGCGACAAGCCCAUCAAGCAAGUCAACCCAGCCUUCCUGGUUCCAAGAGUUGGAGACAUGCUCAAGCGCUUCAACCAAUGGUUGAAGGAGCACUCGGCAAAGCAGGAAAGUUCCCCGGCUGAGAAAACAGAAGAUGAUCCGAUUCCUUUGCAAGAAGAGGAGCAGGACGAUGAGAUUGGGAACCUGUUGCAGCAGUACGGUGUGCUGCUGGAGUAUGAGAGAACGCAGGACUUCAGCGGAGUGUCUACAGAUUUCAAAGCCUUCGUGUUCUCGAUAAAAUCCAAGAGGUUGAGCAGCUACCAGCCGUUAUAA